AACGUACCCUUACAGUUUUCAACUUGGAAACGAAUGUUUUGACCUUUUACUGGGAUGACAUGGCUUUGCCCAACGAUGCGACGGGUUUCUACCUCAAUGUGACCGACAAUUUUGCAGAGGAGAUACCUAGGGGAAGUACCGAUGAUACGUACCAAAAGACCAUAUCGGGCUUGACUCCCGGACAGCUCUACUCAGCCUCGCUAUUCGCCCGGCCAAACAAUCAGUUGCUGGACACGCUGGAGGUUCGAACAAAACCCAAUACCCCACAAUCUCUUGAGGUUGCCCAAACCACGAUCACCACGGUGCGUGUCGAAUGGGACCUCCCUGUAGAAGAUCUUCACCGGGGCUUUGAGGUUGACAUAGAACCACAAACCGCCCUGCAGGAGCUUCCACUUAUAGUGGGAAGAACCCUCCGCGGAUUCACCUUCGAGGGACUGAGGCACGACACAGAAUACACAGUAUCUGUGGCUACAGUUAUGGGAGAAGGAGGGCUGGAGGAAAAGAGUAUCGUUGCUACUGUGAUAGCUAUGACGGACGGAGGAGAAGGAGACGAAGUUUACCUAUUAUCCAUUUCAUCAAUGGAGGUAGAAAUAGGUUGGACAUUUGAGGACGGCGAAACUAUCUCAUUAGAUGGCGAGAUGAUAGGUACAACUGUAGGUUCUGAGAUACCUUACAACAUUUCAGAUCUAACUCCGGGAAGACAGUAUACCGUCACAGUCAGAAACGUCGCACUGACUUUCACAACAGUUCCAGCAAGACCAGAAAGUCUAGAACUGAGGACAGUCGGACCUUACUCCCUGGUAUGGGAAGUGGACACUUCUCGCAACGAUCUCAACUACGAGCGUCUCCAGGUCAGCUACAGCCCAGAUUCUGGUCAGACACUGUCUCCCUUUGACAUCAAUCGCUGCACUGAUGGCACGUUUGUCCUGGAGGGGCUUCAGCCAGACACAGAGUACUCUGUCUCUGUCAUAGCGAUUUCAGGCAGCACUGAAAGUGAAGUUUUGAGGAGAUACGGAUUUACAACUUGUGCCAGGAUUGGCGUCCUCCACGUGGUAUCCCUCAGCAGCUCUGAAAUCACUGUAUCCUGGGGCCCAGUGGACGGCAUCGGGAGAUACAAUCUACGGCUGUACAGCGCCACCGGUAACUUCCUCGAUAACCUUGACAUUCCAGCUGACAGAGACACAGCAAUGUUUGACACAUUGUCAGCGGCAACUAACUACACAGUGCGACUUGUUGUCGUAGGAUUGAACGGCGUGGAUAUGGAAAGGAGUGAACUUCAGUUUAUAAGCAAUCCUGAGGCACCAGGCCCUAUCACCUUGGCAACCUCCACGCAGUCCCGCCUCUCGUUUAGUUGGGAAGCGCCAUCAACCGAAUACACGUAUGAAAUAUACAUCUCAAGGAGCGACGAGCAGGAGCACCGCCCAGUGGGUGUGGUUUAUCCGAAUGAAGCACCGGAAUUUGAGGUGGCUGGUCUUCUUCCGGAAACAACGUAUUCCAUCAGGAUCUUCUCUGUGUUUUUUGGAUCCCGAAGCGAUCCUACUGAUGCUCCGUUUUCAACAGAUGAACAAGUCCUUGUGUUUGUCGGAACCCACGAGAACCUCACUGUUUCUUGGGAAGAGCAAGUUGACGCCAGUUCCUACAGGCUUGUUUACACAACGACCAACAGAGAAACCAACAGCAUCGCCAUUUCAACUACUUCAACGUCUGAAGUUAUCGAUAAUCUGCUAUCUGGCGCCAUCUAUAAUUUUGUACUCUACUCCGUUGCUGCCGAUAGCACAGAAGUUAAAGUUGCCGAUGCAGAGUUUGUUCAAAGACCUUUGACACCAUCCGCUGAAAUUUCAGACGUGAAAGCAACGACCGCUCUUCUUGCCUUCACUCCUGGAGAAGGAAUCUUUGACGACUACGUGGUCACGUUGUCGUCCCCGACGUACAGCUGCGGAGCUCGCCAGCCAGUCUUCACCCUUUCCCGCGAGGCUUGCCCAGAGCUACUGAUUACGGAUCUGUAUCCCGGCGUGAUGUAUACUGCCUCCGUCUACGCCAGGACUGGUGAGAGUGGGCGGAGUCUCCCCAGUAACACAACAGUUCUAAAUUUCACCACGACCGUUCCUUCAAAUGAGAUGGAAGUCAGCCGAGUAGAAACAACCUCCAUCGAGGUCAUCUGGAAUACUGGCGUGGUAGAGGAGUAUCUCCUCUACCAUGGUAUAGGCCAAGGUGCCACCGGCACCCUCAUUCAGUAUAACCCAAAUCUAGACUACCACAUGCACACCUUCGAUGACCUGGUGCCCGGAACCCAGUACACCAUCACCAUCUAUGGGGUCGUUGAUAGAACCAGCGUGAUGAAUCUAAAUCUAAGAUCGGAGCAGUAUACCAAACCUGAUCCAGUCUCAAACCUGGUGCUAACACCGCAAGAAAACAUCAUACAACUCACUUGGUCAGCGCCCAACACCGCACGCAGUGGCUUCCGCGUCUGCUGGUAUUCAGCGUCCACCAGCGGUGACGAGUGGCUUGAUAGCGAUACCACCACAUUCCCGUUGGUUAUCUCAACGCCCAAUGAGGAGUAUGUCAUUUCCGUUGCAGCGUACGUUGGAGAGAGUCAGGGCAAUUACGUCCUCAGUGACAAAGUUACUGACUUCAUAACCCUGACUGAAACCUCUCCUCUGAUGUUAGAGGUCAUUGCUUCGGAUGCCAUUUCUGUCUCGUGGGUGACCAUCCCGGGCGUGGUCAACUAUACCCUCUCCUACAGCCCUCCAGAUGGUGACCAACCUGCCUCGCAGGACCUUGAUCAAUCCAUCGCCAUCACUGAAGGUCUCAACAACGUUUACCAUGUCAACUUCACCGGAUUAACACCGGGAAGGGAAUACACCUUUACCGUCAUCUGGCCACGGGCUUUCAACUACUCAACCCAAGUCCUACGCACGGAUCCUUUGCCCGUGUACAAUCCAACCGUCUCCAACACGACGUCCUGCAACCUCCUCUAUCGCUGGUGUCUCCCGAGCGGUGACUUCGACAAUGUCAGCAUCGCCGUCCUCCCCGAGGUCACAAUGUCCAGAGUGAAUGAUGGCAACGGCACCGGUGGCAUGUGCGACUACCAAACCCUCUACCUUGAAGGAUUGGAGCCCGCCACGUCAUACAACGUCUCUGUCCAGGUUACAAGCGGUGACAGGACUAGUGAGGUCGUCAUGAUUUCUGCAACAACAGAGGACAGGGGAGGGACAAUCACUGUCACCGAAGUGACCACUACUAGCAUCAAUAUAACUUGGUCGGAGGUGGAAAAUGAGGAGCAAUUCACAGUAGAAUGGGUCAUCAAUGGUCCUGCGGACUCCGUAACUGCAAACGUUUCAGGUCCCCGAGAGUUCUACAUCGGUGAUCUGCAGCCGGGAGAUUCUGUUCGUAUCACCGUCGCUUGGGACUUCCUUUGUCUGUUGCCAUUUGUGGAGCAGUAUACAAAGCCUCUACCCGUUAGAAACGUAACGCUUGAUCAGAGCACCAUCUUCACCCUGGCUGUGUCUUGGGGAAAUCCAGCUGACGGUGCGUAUACCAACUUCCUCGUUGAGUAUGCCCCAGCGCAGAACCCGGACUCCAUCAGUGCCCUGGAUCCUAUUGACCGAAAUGAAAACACGGCGGAAAUAACAGUCCUUCAGCCGAGCACAGCAUAUAUUGUAAAGGUUUAUGCAUUGGCCGGAGAGGAACGGAGCGAACCAGCAGAGUUAACUGCUACAACGAUGCAACAAAAUGCAGAGGAGCUCCGGGUCCAAGAUCGGGACGCCACAUCCAUAUCUGUCUCGUGGGGCAACACCACCAGACCGGAAGUGACCGGUUACGAAGUGCGCCUCGCCCUGAAGGAUGGUAAUGCUGUUGGCACCGCCAUGGAAGUUGGACUUGGCGAGAUCCUAAGUGUUCAGUACACGGAUCUCACUCCUGGCACCGACUACACCGCUUACCUCUUUGUCGUGAUAGAUGGCGAAACUGGUACAAGUGUAGAUUCCAUCGACGUUACAACAUUGCCUGGACUGCCAGGAAUGGUGAACUGUACCUACAGCACACAGAGUCUGAUUGAGUUUGCGUGGGGCGCGACGCAAGACGGCAACUUUGACGGGUAUGCUGUCAGCAUAGAGGCCGACGGCGACGAGACUCCUUUGCCGAUGGUCGGGAAGGGUGAACUGCUUCAGGCAAUGGCAGACUACCUGAUGGAUAGCACGGAAUACACUGUCAGUGUCAGGAGCACACUUCUGGACCUAAGAGGAGAACCAAGCACCAUGACAUGCCAAACUAAGCCACCCACUAUCUCGAUAUCAAUUGCCAGCCCCCAGAGCUUGUUUGUCGAAUGGACAGGUCAUAUGGGGGUUGACUCUUACGAGCUGGAGUAUACACCCCGGAAGGGCAACCCCAGGUCCCCUAUCCGUCUGGACAACACAACAGGAAUGGAGUUCCGUCAGGUGGCCAUCUACAACCUGUCUCCGGGCAGGAUAUACCACUUUGUUCUUUACGCUUUGACAAGUGAUGGGGACAGAAACGAAAUCAGUGGAGUGACCCAUGUGAUUGACCCACUACCGAUAGAAGAGAUCAUCAUUGUCAUCCGAAGACCCACCGCUAUCAUUAUCAGAAUCGUUUUGCCAAGGAGAGGAAGGUUCCGUUUCCUGCGGCUGAGGAUCAGACGACGCGGUCGGGCACUCAACGCCGGGCCAGACGGGGAUGAAUUCUUGGUUGAGACAGACGCCUGUCCCGAGUACACUCUUACCAAUCUCCAACCAGGCACCGACUACACUGUUGAGGUUAAUGCUAUUGCCGAUGAUGAACUCACAGAGAGCACUCCAACAACCUUUGAUGUAUCAACACCACCUCUUGAUGAAAGCCAGAUUUCUUUCAACGAGGUAACCACCACGUCUCUCAGCUUCGUGUGGGGUGCGGUCUCUACCGCCAGCGUUGGACCCUUCGAUUUCUACGUUGUGAACCUGAAAGAUGAAACAAAUGUCGAUCUCCAGAAUGCACAGGUCAAUGCAAGUCUGGCCAGGGAGCAUACGUUCACUGGCUUGAUGCCCGGCAGGCUGUAUAUAGUCGAGCUGAUUAUCCAUAGUAAUCGCCAGAGGAACGCCGCGAUGUACACUCGUCCUGAACAGCCGACGGACAUCACCCUCUCUGAUCUCACGACUACGAGUGUAACCAUCAACUGGGAGGCACCAGCCACAAGCUACCAAGGAUUUAGACUCUGUUGGGUUUACAACAACAGCAACUCAUUGGAGCUUGGACCUUCCGUCAGGACGCAUACUUUGUCAGACCUGGAAGCAGGGGCAGAGUAUCUACUUUCGCUUUCUGCAGUCGUCGGGACCGGGACUGAUCAGGUCGCCAGCGAGAAGUUCACCAUGUUGAUUACAUUGCUCCCACCUGCAGAACUUCAUGUCAACAUAACCGACUUCAACACCACUGCGGUCUCUAUUGCCUGGGGUACAGAUAUUCCUCUUUCGGAUGUCAGCAGGUUCGUGAUCAGCUACUGGGAGACUGCCAACAACGCAUCCCUUCAGCAGAUCACUGUGGCCGACCCUAGUCAGUUUGACUACACCAUAGUCGGUCUGACCCCUGGUACUGAGUAUGGCUUCCUAGUCGAUGCGGAAGGCACGGUUCAGGCAGUCAAUUCCAUCCAAGUGGAGCAGUACACAAAUCCCGAGAGUGUUUCAGAGAUACGAAUCCUUCCAUCGUUCAGAGGCACGAUCAGUGUUGAGUGGGAUCGACCUAAUGGCAACCUGGAUGGCUACAUCUUCAAUGCCAGGGAAGUGGGAUCAGACGACAAUAAUGUGGCAGUUAACGAUACCAUGGACACUGUGGUCUACGGAUUUGAAGGAUUAUCAGAACUUCCGAUCAUUUUGCUUAUUGAUAUAACAACGGUCAUUGGGACAGGUGAUCGUCAGCUGGAAAGCUUGGAACCUGCAGCCAUAGAUACUCUUGCCCAUGUUGUUGAAGUGAAUGUUAUGCGUCGUGAUCAGAAUUCCAUAGAAGCCGAGAUCAGUGCACAGAAUCCAACUGGUUCUUGGAGUAGUGUGACAACAGGAUUAUAUGUCAACGAGAUGGUCACCGAUAGCAUGACGAGAAACUGUUGAACUCCAUUAGUUGC